AUGCAGGCCCCUCAAGAAGAAAUUAUGGACUCUGUAUGGAGUAAUCUUCCUAAAGAUAUUGUGAAUAUUGUACUGCUUUUCUUACCCCUUGCAAGCGCUAUGCAGUUCAAAAGCGUGUGCAAAGAGUGGAGGGAAUUUUUAGGCUCAAAUUGUUAUUACAGGAGAAGAUCCGCAGUGGAGCAGAAGAAGCCAUGGCUCUUUCUCUGCACGUCUGGGAUGUUUUCAUGUGCCUUCGAUUUUUCACUAAAACGCUGGCACAAGAUUCUCAAUCCUCCUCUCUAUAGACAAAGUAUUGUUAGCGCUAGCGGGAAUUUGGUUUGCCUGGGGAAUUUGGUGGCAGAUUGCAGAGCUUUGAGCAUUUGUGACCCCGUCAGCAAGUUAGUGAAAAAUCUGGCGCCCAUGAAUAAGAUUCAGUUUAUACAUAAAGUUAGCUUGAAUCUUCACAAAGACGGGGCUUACAAGAUAAUGGUGGUGGGUGAGAACGACCGGGCUGUGAACAAUUUCAGAGGAUUGGUGACAGAGGUUUAUGAUUCCAAAACCCAGAUUUGGAGAAUGUCAGGGGAAACAAUGGCUGAAGCCAAAUUUGGGCUAGAUGCAGGUGUUUGGAUGAACAGUCGAUUUUAUUGCAUUGUAGAGAUGCCUUAUGGCGUUGUUGUUUUCGACCAGAAAAGAGAUUUGUGGGAAGAAUUGGAAGCAGAAAUGCCUGCAGGUUGUAAUGACAUUUCCUCCCCUUACCUUGUAGAUUGCAGGGGCCGUUUGUUGAUGGUUAUGAGGAACAGCAUAGAGAGCGGUACUAGUAAAUUUCAGAUCUGGGAGCUCGUUAUAUUAAAGGAAAAGGAAGACUAUGAGUGGGUGUUAUUGGAAGAAAUGCCUGAGCAUAUUGAGGUAGAAUUCAUGGCUUCUUCGAGAUGGGGUGACAUGUCGCAGAGAUUGAUAUGUUGUGGAGUGGGGGAUUGGGUGUGCAUAAUCACCCAGCUUAGUCCUAGUGCGUUGGCGUUUAACAUGGUGAAUAAAAAAUGGGAAUGGUUAGGUAAAGAUCCUGCUUUUCCACAAGGUCGCAAUUCCCAUCUCUACGCCUUUCCUCUUCGCCCCAUUUCACAUUGUCAAUUGUGA